AUGAAACACCAUACUCUUAUUGAAGGGGCGACUGUGAUUGUAUAUGAUGAAGAUAUUGACUCUUUCAAGUCACUGCCCAACACGUCUGUCCUGAUUGCUGGCGACACCAUCGCAGCCAUCUUUCCAACCGGCAAAGACCAAAGCAUCCCCGAUGAUGCAGAGGUAAUCGAUGCUAUGGGAAAGAUUAUUUCUCCUGGUUUUGUUGAUACUCAUCACCACGGCUGGCAAACUGCCUAUAGAACCAUCGCAGCUGACAGCCACAUCGCCGAAUUCUUCGUCCGGUAUGGGUGGGCGGGGACCAGCUAUGACAACUUUGAUCCUGAAGAUGUGUAUUUGGGUCACUUGAUUAGCCAGUACGAGAUGUUGGACGCAGGAACAACAUCGGUGUUGGAACAUGCUCUGGCAUCCUUCAAUCAAGAAACGGCCGAUGCAUAUCUUGCUGGAAGCCUCGAAACUGGUCUGAGAACCUGGUUUGCGUUUGCUAUCCAGGACUAUUCCCGUUCUCGCAAAGACUUCCCUGGGACACUUGAGCAAAUCAACAUGUUUCAUCAACUCUGCAAGGAACCGAAACUGGCUAAUUCUAAUGUCUAUCUUGGGAUUGGCUAUGACGGCUGGCGCUUUGAUUCCGAGACCACUGACGCAGUGGUCAAGCUUAUCAAGUCGGGCGAUGCCGCUGUCGUGACGAGCCACUUCUCCGGGCCGUAUUACACAAUGAGCAGUCUAGGAAGGUUGGACAACUUGGGGGCAUUCGAUAAUUCCGAAAUCCCAUUCGUGCUUUCCCACGCAUCAUUCGACGUUUUCGAUGAAACACAGCUCAUGCGAAAGAAAAACGUGUACGUUUCCACGACGCCUUUGUCCGAGCAGCUGUGGGGAACCGACCUCACCCCGACAGCAUACAACCUCGACCAGACCGCCCUGGGCGUAGAUAACCCGUGGUCCUGUGCCGCAGACAUGCCUGGCCAAGCUCGUCUCUACCUCCAUCGCGUGCGUGAGCAAUUCUUCAGUCAAGUCACGCAUAAUCGCCGACUUCCCAGCACGACUCCCAUGACGGUCGAGCAGGCGUUCCACCUCAUGACUCGCUCCGGAGGUCUUGCGUUUCGCCGGGAUGACAUUGGUAUACUACGCGUAGGGGCAAAAGAAGACUUGCUCGUCAUCAACGGCGACUCGUACAACAUGCUUGGUUGGAGUGAUCCCAUCGCGGCCAUUGUCAUGCAUUCGCACCCUAGCGAUAUCGAGGCUGUCAUGGUAGGUGGGAAAUGGAGGAAGCGCCAUGGCAAGCUCACGCUUCCUGAUGGCGCGACUAACAUCGACCAAAUCAAGGCUCGGUUCCUCGAGUCCGCCAGGAAGCUUCAGGGCAAAAUUUUGAGCAAGCCGCGCCCGAAUUUCGAGGGAAGUUUUAUGCCAGGAAUGGAGUAUGAGGCGCCGUACCAGGUUUCCUUAGGUAAGAGGAAGUAG